AUGGUGGUGACAUCAUCAACCUCAGCCUUAGCAGAUAAGGCUAUUCAGUUGGUUCAGCAAUUGAAACGAAAUCCAGAUUUCCUACCACCGUACAAUGAUGACAUUAUGCGAUUCUGUGCCGCAGGAGUUUCUGAAUUGUAUAACCAAUGUGCGACUACCUUCCAAACCGUUCGAAAUAGUGGUGGUACCCAGGAGUCUCUACAAAUCAACGCUUACAGACACGAGGUUAUAAAGUUCGUAAUUCGUUGCUGUUCUGCGUAUGUUAAUGAAAGAGGAAAAAGAAUAAAAUCCUAUCGUUGGAAGUAUGGUGGAGUUUUGCCCAUGACUGUUAAGAACAACUUAUGUGAAAGCGAAAUUGAAUUUUUCAACAAAUAUUGUACUAAUCUUGCUACUUUCCAAGUAGCUCUUGGUGAGAAUGGGCUCGAUCUGAUGCGCUAUACUCACCCUCCUACGACUUUAUACUUACAAGUACGUGUCUUAAUGGACUAUGGUCAGUUUGAAACUUCUGAUGGAAAUAUUGUGAUGCUCAAAAAAAGUUCAAUACACUCGCUUCCUCGUCAGGAUUGUGAACUGCUGAUCAAGCAAGGAGUUUUCGAGAUCGCCAAAUGA